AUGAAGGUUGCAAGCCAUGCCCGGAGGCUCAAAGCCAAUUCUUCUUCGACUCCCGCAAGGGACGAGACAAUCGAGUCACGUUUGGCUCAGAUCGAAGCAAGACCGAGCCAAAUCACCGCCGAGAAGCCAUCCGACAUUUCACAUCACGAUGCAACCGGCUUGAACUUCGAGAACUUUCCCGAGAUCCGCGUGUACAAGGCCUCAGACUUGUGGAACGAAGCUACGACAUUACCUUGCCUUGGAAUUUCACCGCAGUUUCCAACAGGAGCCAUGUUGGCUCAAACAGGAAAGCUUGAGCUGCCACCACUUCAAGAAGUCAUGGACGUCCUGGAGAGAUACUUCGAUAGCUAUGGCCGCUACAUGCCUCCGUUUGACAAGGUAUCCUUCAUGAAGAUGACGGUCGACUGGUACUCUGAGAAUGAAAGGAAGGAAUUGAUUCCUUGGGCUGCCGUCAACCUUAUUCUCGCUGUGACUUACCGCAUCAUGGAUGAUGUACCGAUCGAGGAGCCAAAGCUGGCUCAGUGUACGAGCAACGUGAAGUCUGUCACGACCGAGUUGAUGGCCUGGAGUGGCGAUAUCCUAGUACUCAUCGGAAGUGCCAUCCGUCUUGCACAAAGCAUGGGACUUCCUUCAGCCAGAGCAUCCGACAAUCCCGAUGAAGCAGCACAACGUCACCGAGUUUUCUGGAUAGCCUACAUCCUGGACAAGGAUGACGUGAAAAGUCUCAGCCUGGCUGUCUGCAGCAACUAA